AUCACAAAAAAAUGACACGGGAAAUACAGUUCAUCUGAGAAAGGUACCUCUGUUGGUUAGAGCCUAUAAAAGGCAUUGCAAGCCAGGGGCAAAAGCAUCCAACUUCAACUCCUGAGAAGCUUGGGAGAGAAUUCUUCAUUGGGGUCCAAAUGGCGGGUUCACGAGCUCUGUUAACAGCUUUAUUUGUCUUGGCAAUUGCAUUUUAUCCCAGAUCUGUGGAUGCCAACUUUGCCAAAAGCAUGUCCUUCAACUGGGGUGCCGAUCAUUCUUCCAUGACAAACAAUGGGAAUGAUCUACAGCUUGUGUUGGAUACAACUUCAGGUUCUGGCAUUCAAUCAAAGAAACAAUUCCUCUUUGGAAGCAUUGAAAUGCUAAUCAAGUUGGUGCCGGGGAAUUCUGCUGGAACCGUCACAGCCUAUUAUAUGUCCUCGACAGGAAGCGGGCAUGAUGAAAUAGACUUUGAGUUCUUGGGCAACGUUUCAGGACAACCUUACAUUAUCCACACAAAUAUCUAUUGUCAAGGAAAUGGAAGCAGAGAACAGCAGUUCUACCCCUGGUUUGACCCAACUGCUGAUUUCCACAACUACACCAUUCAUUGGAACCCAACAGAAGUUGUGUGGUAUGUUGACAGCAUGCCUAUUCGGGUGUUCAGGAACUACCAGAGUGAGGGGAUUCCCUACCCAAGCCAACAAGCGAUGAGGGUUUACUCCAGCUUAUGGAAUGCUGAUAACUGGGCAACAAGAGGUGGCCUUGACAAGAUUGACUGGAACAAUGCACCUUUUAUAGCAAGGUACAGCCACUUUAGGGCACGGGCUUGCAAGUGGCAAGGACCAAUUAGCUUCAGUCAAUGUACAGCCCAGACACCUGGCAACUGGUGGAUGUCCCCGGUAUACAGCAAAUUGAGCUAUGCUAAGCAGGGUCAGAUGAACUGGGUCAGAAACAACUACAUGAUCUAUGACUACUGCAAAGAUACUAAGCGAUUCAAUGGACAAAUGCCACCAGAGUGUUAUAAACCACAAUUCUAAAAAAAGCAUCAGACAGCAGAAGAGAAGAACCUCCUGCCCUAAUUCAUGUUUGCCACAAAGAAUAAGCUCUGCAAUUUGUCUGUUUCAUUUAUUUCUUUUUUAUUAUUCUUUCUUGAAAGAAUAUCCAAUUUAUUUGUUCCAUUCUUGUACUUCAUUUAAUGGAAAGUGUAUUCAGUAUCUCCGGUACUACUCUUCAGAGAUUGCAGACUAUGCCGUAUAGAGUGGUACUGAUUCAAUAAAUGAAAUAAACAGUUUCCAGCUAUAGAAUUUCAGCAAUAA